AUGACAUUAUUGAUAAAUGGUUCAAUGGACAAUUAUACAGAUAUUUUCAUAAAUAUUUCAUCAUCCAACGUAUCCAUUCUCUUUGAAAGCGAUCAUGAUCUUGUCUAUUGUCGAGAAUUAUUUGCUUUGCUUCAUUCAUUUAAUCAAUCAGCUGAUGAAGACUCUAGUAGAACAAUACAAAAGAUUCAUGACGUACUGCAUGAAAAAUGUCCCGUAUUUUCUAGUCCAUAUGAGCUUCGACAGCAAUAUCCAUCGGCUAAAUUAAUACAUGUUCUCGGAUGUACAUUACCAUUAAUUUUAAUUUUAUUUGGUGUAUUAGGAAAUACUCUAUCAGCAUGGGUUAUGUUUAAACGUGCACGAAAAGGUGCUUUAUCAUCCUACAUUUAUUUAGCUUUAUUAGCUAUAGUCGACAUUUUAGUAUUAUUCACUGGAUGUCUAAUAUUUUGGCUAGAGGAAGCAUUUCUUAUUCAACCAUUAUUACUAAAUGAAGUAUUUUGUCAAACAUUAUAUUUUUUAAAAUUUUGGUUUACGGACAUUUCAGCAUGGCUGAUUGUCGCUGUUUCAUUUGAACGUUUUAUUGCUGUUCGAUUUCCAUUACGUGCAAAUAUUUCUUUACAUCUGGCACAUAAAAUAUCUUUAUUUAUUAUUCUAUUUUUUGGUAUCUAUAAUCUACAUAAUUAUAUUACAAUUGGUUUCGAUAAUGAUCAUCUUCAAAUUGAAUAUGGUUAUAUAGCAAAUUUUACCGUCUGUGAUAUGAAAAGUCAUAAAUGGUUAAGCUAUAUAGAUACGGGAUUUUAUGCUGUAUUACCAUCUAUUUGUAUAUUAAUAUUAAAUUUAUUAAUUAUUACUACAUUACUUCAUUCAAGAAAAAUACGCAAUGAUUAUUUGCAAGCAUCAAGUUUAAAUUCGACUGAUUCAUCUGACCAACGUAGUAAACUAUCUACUCGUCUUGUUGACUAUUAUCGUGAUAGUAAGAAAUCUCAUCAAAAUCAACAACAGAGGCAACGAUUAAGACGAUAUGCAAUUCGUUCAGAGACAAUUUCUAAUCGCUCAUUAACAUAUAGCAGCACAAAUUUAUCGAAAAAACGUUUUAUCGAACAAAAGUUUGGAAAUGAGCGUACUGUUAGUUCAUCUGGUAAUAGUGGCAGUGGAGUUCGUUUAAUCGUAUUAUUAUUAACUAUUUCGUGUAUAUUUGUUGUGUGCACCAUACCUAUUACAAUUCGAUCGAUCAUAGCGGCUAAUCAUGCACACAAUUUUCAUAAAAAAACAAUGGAAAGUUAUAUUGCAUGGGAAAAUAUUCAAUUUUUUAUGAAAUUAUUAAUGUAUUUAAAUCAUUCAAUAAACUUUAUUCUCUACUGUUUAAGUGGUCGAUCAUUUCGAAACGAAGUAAAAAUAUUAUUUAAUAAUAUGUGUUGUCUAACCGAAUGCCAUAUUGUUUGUGUAUCAAAUUAUGAAACAGUACCAUUAAAAAAAACUUAUUCUAAUAAGAAAACACAUACUAAUCAAAUUGUUUUAGUAAAUCGUACACUAACUGAACACUAUGCAGCAUUAAAAACAUCAUCAGUAUAA